AGGUAGUGAUAGGAGCGGGAGAAAGAGCGAGGAAGAUGGCCUCUCAAGGGCUGACCGAUGAAGAGGUGUCUGCUGUCUGCAAAGAGGGACACCCCAUGACUCAGGAUUACAUGAUGCAGCAGACCACGUUGAGGGUCAAGGAUCCUGCACGAUCUCUGAACUUCUAUACCGGGAUCCUGGGAAUGACUUUACUACAGAAGAUAGACUUCCCAGCCAUGAGCUUCACUCUGUACUUUCUGGGCUACGAGGACAAGGCCAACAUCCCAGAGGAGAAGCUGGAGAGGACCGCAUGGACCUUCUCCAGACAUGGCCUCAUCGAACUCCUACAUAACUGGGGAGCACAAAAAGAUAAAGACUUGAAGUAUCACCAUGGAAACAAAGCACCAUUGGGGUUUGGGCACAUUGGUAUUUCAGUUCCUAACCUCACUGAAGCUUGCUCCUACUUUGAGAAAUGUGGGGUUACAUUUGUGAAGAAAGCAUAUGCAGGUAAAACAAAGAAUCUGGCGUUUAUACAGGACCCUGACGGAUACUGGAUUGAGAUUUUGAACCCUAAAAAUAUGUGCGAAGUAAUGUCUCAAUGAACCUCUAAUUUAUUAACA